GAUGUCGAGUUGGAGUGAGCGGGACUGGAAACAGAGCUGCGUACGUGCGCGCGCUGGUGAGAGUGGAGACGCCAGUGCUCGCGGUGUGGUAUGUUGAGGAUGCUGAAACCUACAAGGACUUUUCAUGAAUUGACAAGUACGUGUGCUGUUACCGCAUUUUAUCGCAUUCUCGUCGGUUUAACGCAAAUGAUGAACGCCAUGGUGGAGUUGGAACCUGUUGUUUGGAACUUUACGCUCAAAUUAGACAACAUCACGCGUGCUAAUGAGACAGUAGCAGGAUACCCGGCUGAUGAGUAUUAUAACAUUGUUCACGUCACGGAAACCAAAAUUCUUCCUGCAUUUAUUGGAUUUUUGUGUUCCACUGGGCUUGUUGGAAAUAUUCUUGUUUUGGUGACUAUUUUAAGGUCUGCCAAAAAGACAGUGCCAGAUGUGUAUGUGGGGAAUUUGGCUGUGGCCGACCUGGUCCACGUGACGGUCAUGCCGUUCCUGAUUCACCAGUGGGCGCGUGGAGGGCACUGGGUGUUUGGCAGCACGCUCUGCACCAUCAUCACUUCUCUUGAUAACUGCAACCAGGUGGCGUGCGCUGCAGUCAUGACCGCUAUGAGUCUGGACAGAUACCUGGCCCUUGUUCAUCCAUUUCGCCUACUGAGUCUGAGGACCAGAUCCAGGACAAUCCGCAUUAACCUGUUUGUGUGGGCGGCCUCUUUCAUCAUGGUUCUACCUGCCUGGGUUCAUGCCAAAGUGAUCCGCUUCAGGGACGGGCUGGAAAGCUGUUCCCUUAACCUGGUCUCUCCCAAAGAAGUGCUCUGGUAUACACUCUACCAGACUGUGACCUCCUUCUUUCUGCCAUUACCUCUCAUUCUCAUCUGCUAUAUGCUGAUUCUCUGCUACACCUGGAGAAUGUAUCGCAAGAACAAAAAGGCUCACAGGUAUAACACCAGCCUGCCUCGAGAGCGUGUGGUCCGCCUCACUAAAAUGGUCCUGGUUCUUGUAGCCGUUUUCCUGGUCAGUGUUGGGCCAUACCACAUCCUGCAGCUGGUUAAUCUGAGCAUACCUCGCCCCUCCUUAGCGUACCACACCUGCUACUACCUGUCUGUGUGCCUGAGCUACGCCGCCAGCAGCAUUAACCCCUUCAUAUACAUUCUGCUGAGCGGACACUUCCGCCACAGGCUGGUCUGUCGAGAUACACCCAGCAUGCCAAGUGUGGAACGGGAAAUCCAGGCCCCUCGCUCCAGUUUUUAAGCUGAAUUCACACUGAAACGCACAUAGCACUGCAAUGAACGAAUCAUUGCACAAGCCUUUGUUGGUCUUAGGCAAAGCACGACUGUUUUGGAGAAAGAUUCCUGUUCUUUGUUUUUCAUUUCUAAUUGUUUUAAAGUAUUUCAUAAAGAGCACAGAUUGUUUUAUAUGUGCAUGUAUUGCACCUUUUUUUCCACUAAGUGUUGUAAAUGUUUUGUUAUUUAUAGGUUAAUGUGGUGUUUUGGCUCCCUCUACUGUUUAGGUUUAGUAAUUCACUCUAGCAUGUGUACUGUGCAUUACUUCAAUUGAUAAGGGUUGAGCAAAAAUCUCUACUCUGUCCAUAAGGCCUAUUAAUCGUAAAAAAAAUUUUAAACAAGGCUUUGUCGAGCUAACAUUCAAAGUUUGUUCUUACAAACUUCACUUUUCUAAUUAAAAACUACAUUUGCAUUUAUUUUAGUCUUGACUUUUCAAUGACGUUUAUUACAAUUCUAUUUCCUAACAAUUUAAAUUUGAAUUGCAAUUAUGCGAUUCAAAUUGUGAGACUCAAAUGGCAUUCUCAGUUGAAAAGGCAUGUUCAAUUCUAUUCUGAUUGGCACACAACUCUGCCUUUAAUUGAAAUUGAAUGAAUGUUUGGGGCAUUUGGCAGUUUCAGACUGCAUUAAUUUGUGGUCUGCAGCAUUUAACACUGGAGGAAAUUAAAUAUAAUGAUAAUAAUAAAUAGCAACUGUGUUCAGGGCACAGAAAUAGAUCUCACUGUGAAUUUGUACUAUAAGUAUCUUUUUUUAUGCUUGAUUGUAUGUGACAUCUGAAAAUGUGAUAUGUUAUUAUCUUGUGAAUGUUAUAUUGUAUUAUCAACAGAUUUUAAAGGAAAAUUCAUCAUACCAGCAAAUGUAUUUAAAGGUUGUUUUGUACUGUACAGUAUGUAUUGAGGCAUUUGAGCAUGUUUUCGGUCAUCUUAUGUGAGUAAAUCACCAUUAUUACACUCAAGAGAAAUCAAUAUUGUUCGGGCAAAAAAAAAUAAAAAAAAAUGCUGUCAUGCAGAAAUCCUUUAAGGGCAUUUUGGGAUUGUCUGGUGUGUACUGAACAUGAUGAAGUGGCUGGCAGCUCUGAAGAGUAAGGUCAUUGACCAGGCGGGCAGAGAUGCAGGGAUAUGUUUGCAGCCCAGCUCCCAGAGUGGAAUCAAUUCUCUGACCAGACCAGAGACAGACAGGGAUUGUGUCUGACCUAAAGCAUGCCUGGUGGCAAUGGCUGGAAACUAACCCCAAUGCUCUGUUUCUCUGUGUCUCAAUUAUGCCUUUUAUGGCCUAGUUAACCAGCCAGAGGCAAAAUACCAACUGGUGUGUUCAAAUACUUGUCAAUAUUAGUGUUUCAGUGUUACAAUAGUUGCAUUUCAAUAAUACUAUUCAGUACAAUAACAUACAAACUGUUGUGCUAUUGGCUUUGUCAAUGAUUCCAGUGCAGCAAUAAAGAUUCUGCCUGGGCAGAAAGGUUCAUACAGUAACUCACAUUGUGUAUGUUCCCCAUUCCAUCAGUUUUCUCUUUCUUAGUGUUCAUCAUUCUGGUCUGUGAGUGAGGUGACUGACUACUGCUGCUGCUGCUAAUCUGACAUUGUUUGACCUUGUUUGUGACUUGCUUCAUAUGGCAUUGACCUUGUUACUUCCACCUCAGCAGUUUGGCUGCCUGUUUGUGCCUGUUUUUCACACACACCAGCUUUUGUUUUUUAUGUUUAUUUUAUUUUUGAAAGAUGUAUUGCAUUGUAAAUAAUAUUAAAUGUUUAUUAAGAGUAUUUUCCUUUUUUGGUAAAUUUGCGAAUAUGUUUACUGUACUGCUGAUUUUCCUUCAAAUAUCUAUUAGUAGUAGGAUUGAUAGAAGAUUUACGCUGUUUUCCCGCAUAUUACUGAGCAUGCAUUUGUUUUUCACCAGUAGAGGGCACGUGCUGACAAUUUUCCCAGCACACAAAG